AUUUUCCAUAUGAUUUUGACAAGUAGAAAAUUAAAUUUGAAAUUAUUUGUUUAUGUGAACUGUGAUCUUUAAUAUCGAUAAAUAACAUUAUAUUGUGUUGGGAUGAUUCAAAAUACAAAGAAUUCAAAGCUUAUAUUUCAGAGUAUACAAUAACAAUGUCUUCUACAGAAAAUUUGUAUAAAAUGAGACCUCCUCCUCCACCAAAUUUAAGUAAAGAACAUGUUGGCAUUUGGGUAGGGUGGAAUUGCAAAGGAGACAAAGAAGUAGCAAGGGAAGCAGCAGCUAAAGGUAUAGCUGUAGACCUUGUUGUUUUAUUUUUGUCUCAGAGAAAACAAAUUGGGUUGGAAGAAGCUGAGAACUAUUUUAGAGACGAAGUUUUCGUAUGGGCCAAAGAACUAUUAGACAGAAAACAAAUAUUCAAAGUGUCUCAUAUACUAACAAACAUUGGGGUCGACCCACAAGAAGAAUUAACAAAAGUUUUUUAUACCACGACGAACGUAGAACUUCGCGAAUACAUAGGAAACCAUUUGAACAGCCAAAAGAAGUUGGACGAACAUUAUCAGCAACUGUGGCACUUUUUAGAGGUCAUUUUGAGAAACAACUUGCUGAUUUCUAAGUGGAAGUUGAACGUGGAUAGUAUUGAAUGUUUGAAUAAGCAGGAACCUGAAUGGAAGUGUGAAAUUGCUUCUAAAUUGUUUUUGAGAACUUAUGAUAUUUUACUAAUAUCGUUCAUUACCGGAGAAGCCCUAUGGAAGCAGCUUUUAGCCUACAACGAUACGAAACUUCUAAAAGUAUGGAUCAGCGUCUAUUACAGCGAUUCUACCGGCAAUUUCGAUAUCUCAGAAAAUCUAUUGAAAGUUUUCAAAUCGUUUUCUAUAACAAUCGAAAUGAUAAACCAAUUGAACUCCUCUGAAACAUCGGCCAACACUUGCAACUUGGUCCUGAAUGAUCUGAGCAGAUUCGGCGUUUUUUGCGAUAAAGAUUCGGAAAACUUUUUAAAGAUUCUUUGGAGAUUGUAUCAAAGCAACAACAUUCAAAAUACGUUUCAAAUAAUAAGAAGAACCACAUCGAAUAUAUCGGAGAAGCAUUUUUUGACACUGCUGGUGAACUACUGCGUCGAAAAUAAGUAUCACAGCAUUAUGAGCAGUUGCGUGGAGAAUUUCGAUAUUUUCGAGGAUUGUAUCAAGGAUAAUAAACACUUAGAGUUAAUUUUGGAUUUUAGGAAAUUGAUUCAUGAGUUUAAUGAAAGGAAUUUGAGGAGUAACAUUUUGAAAGUGUCACAAUUUUUAUCCGAUGACCUGGAAGAUUAUUUAAACGAAAAUGUGAUGAUUGUAUUAUCAUUGAUUUUUUUCUCGGAUAACUCCGAUAUAGAAAAAAUAAUGCAGCAGGAAUGUCUAAUAAUCGGAGACGUAACUUUACGAAAAUGUUUAAAAAAUCUACCUGCCAAAUUAAGAUCGUUAAGUGCUUGCAUGAACCGACCUCAAAUUAUAGAAAAUUCGAAAAUUACGUCGUACAAUCUUUUAGAAAAACAUCACAAAAUCAACGUUAAAAAACUCUUCUCGUUCAGGUUCGAAAAUAAACCUUUACCCGAUUUCAACAACGAAGAUUUGGUAAAAAAAUUCGGUUAUCUUAAAAAAAUUAAUCAUCUAUUUUUCGUGAAGCAAUUCAGACCGAGCAUUGCCGCCAAAUUGUUCCUAUUGAACCAGUACGAGUGUCAUAAUGAUUUUCCGCAAGGCAGUAUGGAGCAGUUGCAAAGAAAAAUUUAUAAAAUCGUUCUAAGAGACUUCACGAAUUCAGAAAUCGUUUCUAGUUGCGUCGCUUUCUUGGAAAUGAUCGGAAUUAAAUCGGAUUUCAUUAAAAUCGCUGUUAGAGCAGCUAAUUUAAUAUUAGAAGCGGGUACAUCACUCCAAGAUGUCACAACAAUGUUUAUGAACGUAGAAACCAGUCCCAACACUAUUCUAUCAAUCUUAGAACCGAUAAUCGUUAAAGAAAUCGAAUUUGACAGAUUUUCAGACGGUUCCUACUUAAUAGAAGCGAUCAAACUAUACGAUAUCGCCGUUAAUUUCACUAUUUUCUACGAUUUGAAAUUACCGGAGAUGUUUUUAAAAUCCUGCGCCACCAUGAACAUGUGGUUGCCGUUUUUUAUUUUUGCGCAGCUUAAAAACUAUCCGACGGAACAGAUCAAACCGAUUUUACAAUCAUUCAAAAAUCCGAAUCUAUUGGAACACAUCAAUCACAGUGUCGUGCACGAUAUCCAGAUCGACGAUCAGAACGUUUUGAUGCGCGAAAGAGAUUCGAGAAAUUAUUUUCUGUCUAGGAUUGGAGUUAGAAAGAGUUUGGAGGCUCUGAAUCAAAGCGAUUCGAUUUAUAGUAUAACGUCGCAAUCAAGUUACGGAUCGAAUAGUAGUUCGGGUGGAUCCGAUUUUUUAGAAAUCGACAUUUCUAAUACGAAAGCGACGUUGUUGCAAACUUUGAUCAGGUGCCAUAAUAGUACGGAUCCGCCGAGGGCGUUGUUGCAGGCUUGCCAGUUGUAUAAGAACCCGUUGUUGGCGAUUUUCGCCACAAGUUAUGAGCCCGAUUCGAUCCACACUAAUUGGUUAACCUGGCUUGCAGUUUCUUGCGGUUUAUACGAGAUGUUUACGAAUUUCGAAUCGGUAGCCUUAAAUUCGGCAUCAGUCACGCAACUCCUGAACGAGUGUAUGAAAAACCGUUUUCCCAACACUCUGCUACAAAGCUUCGAAAUUUUUCUACCAACCAACUCUUUGAGAUAUUUCGUGGAAUUCCUAAACCUCUGCGUAGAUCGAAAUUUCGACAUCCCAUUCUUAAAAUCGAAAUUAGACGCUUUCAGAUCAUCGAUAGAUAAAUGUAGAAGAUUCAGCGUGCUAUCGGAAAACGAUCAUGAAAUGACGUACCUUACGAAUAAAAUUUGGUUGGAAACGACUGCGCUAUAUCUGCUGUCUUCCACCAUACAGUUCAACGUGAACUCAUCGUACGAGCAAAUUCAGUUAGUGGAAAACUUUUGCAAGAUCGAUAUGUCAGGCUACAUCGAUUGUCCGAACUUGAAUGAUCUGUUGAAGAUUUUAAACAUCGUUUAUGAAACGAACAGUGAGGUUAGAUUUGAUAUAUCGAUGUUUUUCGAUAAAAAAAAUGGCGGUAAAGCUAUUACGAAUUGCUUGAACGGACUUUUGGAUGAUAACAUGUUCGAACACGCUUCGAAAAUCGCUGAAAUAAAUAGGAUUGUUUUAGAUGAAAUUUUGAUCAAGAAAUGGAAGUACAAUUUCCUAAACAGAGAUUCUAAUGAUGCUGAUUUUUGGUCAAAGUGCGACGAAGAGUUUGAACAUUUUAACGUUUCAGCUGAUUUUGUGGUUGGUUUCUUUCUUCACUAUGUCGAUAUAGUUGAUGUCAACGUCGAGAAGUAUCAGUUAUUAAAAUUGGCACAUCAGUGGUCGAAAAAGCACAACUUACCGAUCAAAUACAAUCUAGAAAAGCGAAAAUGGCUCGCUUACGUAUCUUUAGAAGAAAAAUGGCGGACGAUGGACGCCGUUCUCGUAGAAGAAAUGCCAAUUACUCUUCUGUUCAAAGAAAUGGCCGAACUAUUAACGCAAAUUUCCAAAUACGAAGAAGACGUCUCCACUGAUGCGUUUAAUAGUUUAAAAAGUACUCUUAACGAUGCUUUAAAUGCGAAAAAUCUAUGGUUGGCUCUCAAAUUAGAAAAAAUGUUCGGCUGCACCGACAAUAAUUUAGACAUUUUAAAAUUGUGUCACAAUUUAGCCGAAGGUUCGAUACUACCUUACCAGCUGAGUACUGAACAAAGACUGUUGAUUACCAACGGGACCCAUUACAGAAGAUUUAGCCACAGAAGAGCUUUUUUAUCAGCCAGACUGAGCUCUUCUACUUCUCACUCUCCAGCUAGCGCAUCUUACUUGCAACAAUCCGAUGCCAUAGAUGCUCCGGUACAAGAUACGUUGGCAGUGUUGUGCAACCUAGCCGAAAAAGUUACUAGCGGAGUAGAAAUGGCGCAGUCAGUUUAUUUGACGUAUAGGAUAAGCGUCAACAUCGAAAUCCCCUACCAUCUAAUCGUGUCCAAUACGGAUUCCAUGAAGAUGUUGAAGGACGCUUUGGAGGACGAUUGUCUCAACAAAUUGGAAGUGGUUCAUGACUUUUUUUCGGUGUAUAAGUGGAAUAGAGACCAGAUAACGGAUUUUAUAUGCGAAGAAAUUAUCAAUUCUGCUACUAAAUACAUUAAAGCUAAAUUGGAUCACUACGUUAUGUGGGAUUUGAAAAUGGAUCAGGAUUUUCAUAUGGCGUUGCAACUUCUUCAAGACAAUUGUUCUUUAUUGGGAUAUAAAAUUUAUUCGUACGCCAGCGCCAUGCAUAAAUCUCAGGUCCUCGCCGACUUAGACUUCAGAAUAAGCAAGCUAGCCCUGGUAAUCGAACUCAUUAUCAUAUCGCACGAUUGCUUUACGGCUGAUUGCAACAUGGAGGGCAUUUCGACGAUCCUAAAAAAAUGCCAGGAAAUCAUAUCCCACCUCCUCACACUGAGAAGUUGGAAACUGAUCGUCAGACUACUAACAGGCGUCGGUAGAUACACCGAAAUGAACUACGUGUUUCAAAUUCUCAAAGAAAAUGACCAAUUCGAAUUUUUGUUGCGCAAAGGCUCCAGAAAGGACAAUGGUUUGAAGACGGCCUUGUUGGAGUAUUUGAAAAAAUUCUGUCCCGAUAACAGGGAGUUGUACAAGAUCGUGGCGUUGCAUUUCACUCUGUUCUCGGAAGUGGCGGUGCUAUGGGAACGCGAAGCUCAGAGUGUUAUCAAAAAUUUGAUCGCCAUUUCUAGAUUGGAAAUGCAGAACAACAAGUUGAAUCCUGAGACCGAGCCGUUCGUGUUGUUUAGUAAUGCCGAUGGGACCAAAAUAUGCCUAAAAAAAGCAAUCGAAAACUACACUCACGCCACGGAGUUUCAUCUACAGGGCGAAAAGUUGGCCAAAGCCAUGCAUUCGGCCAAACAAGCCGAAUUAAUAGCGUUACAAAUGUCUUUGUUGAAAGGAUUACCAAAUAAUGGAACGGCUUUGUGUUUGCUUAAUUUGCAUCAAAAUCAGAUCUCUAAUAUAAUCGCCAAUCAUCUAAGCUUCGACCAAGCUCUAAUCCUGGUCCAAUCCUACAACUACCAACCUGAUUGGGCGUCCGUUCUUUUCGAGCAUUGCAUCAUCAAAAACGACCAUCUUUAUCUCAAAUCUUUCCUCAAACAUCGCCCUCUAGCUGAAUCUUUAGUGCAUGACGUCUCUAGAAAGUUUAUGUCGGCCAACAUCGAUACUCCGCGUGAAUUGAACAGCAUGAAGGCCAUCUUGAACAAAGUGCCAUCGGUGCACGUCAAAUAUAGGAUAGCCAGUGAGUUGGGAUUCACCGAUAUCGUCGAGGAAUUGAUCAGAGGCGGGCAGUUGGCUUAUUUAAAAGAUACUGUUUGGAAGAAAGGGUAUAAAGGAUGAAUAGAGUUUUAAUCAUACCAACGUUCUUCUUUGACCUGCCAGUGAUGACUGAUUUUUAUAUUUUUUUAUUUUUACUGUUUAGAAAUAAUUUUUAUGUAGGUAAGUAGAAAAAGUAUAUUGAAUAGAAUUAAUUGUAUUCGUAGAGUGUUUUUGAAAUAGAUGUGCAUAUUAAAACUGGUUGGACUUUCGUUGAAUGCACAAAAAUACAGAGCGAGACUGAUGUAUGGAACGUUCCAAUUAUUUCGGAAACGGCUUGUAUGAUAUUUAUGAAAUUUGAUUUGAAUAUGGCCGAUUUUCAAGUUGAAUUUACGUUGUUAGAUAUUUGUUUUUUUUUUUUCAGUUUUAAAUUGGUUUACAAAUUCUAAAUAUUUUUCAUGUAGUGUUUCCUAUGCCUGAAUAUCUUAUGUUAAAUUUUGAAAUAACAAAGUUCGUUAUAUUUUCGGAAAAAUGAAAGUUCUGACAACACAAAUACUACUUAAAGAUCUACCGUAUAAUUUUAGUUUUGAAUGCUUAGAUAUACCAAAUGUGUAAGAUAUAUGGAUUUUAACGGUGGUACAUUUGAACUACUCACUUAAAAUCCGGUAAAUUUAUCAGAAAUAUUAAUUUUGAACGUUGAACAUUUCAACUACUGACUUUUAAUUUAGUAAUUUAUCAGAACUACAAUUUUCGAACGUGAACCUUUUGAACGCGGAACAUUUGAACUAUUCACAUUGAUUACAUCAAAUGUAUCAGCAAUAUGAGUUAUAACGGUGGUAUAUUUGAACUACUCACUUUAAUAGCAGUCAAUUUGUUAGAAAUAAUAAUUUCGGACGCUGUAUAUUAUUUGAACUAGUGACUUUGAUAAUAGUAAAUUAUCCGAACUACAAUUUUCGAACGUGGAACUUUUAAACUAUUCGCUUUAAUUACACCAAACUUAUCAGAUAUUUGGGUUAUAGCGGUGGUAUAUUUGAACAACUCACUUUAAUUGAUAAUUUAACAAAACUAAAAAUUUUUAACGUAUAAAUUUUGAAUGCGGGGCAUUUGAACUAUUCACAUUACAUCUGAAAUAUGAGUUUUAAUGGUGGAAUAUUUGAAUUACUCACUUUAACAGCAGUCAAUUUAUUAUAAAUAAUAAUUUCGAACUGUAUAUUAUUUCAACUAUUGACUUUGAUAAUCAGGGGCGGCUCGUCACCAAAAUUUUUGGGGUUCACAGUAGCAGAAUAUAGAUCCCGGUACAGAUAUAGGUAAAAAACUGUCAGUGUUUUAGAAAGGUAUAUUAUAAACUUUCUAAAACACUGAAAGUUUUGUUCAUACAACUGCAGUGAUACGUAUAUUCUGUCACUGUGAACCCCCAAAAUUUUAGCCACGAGCGGCCACUGUUGGUAAUAGUAAUUUAUCAGAACUACAAUUUUCGAACGUGGACCUUUUGAUCACGGAAAGUUUGAACUAUUCGCUUUAAUUACACCAAAUUUAUCAGAUAUUGGGUUUUAACGGUAUAUUUGAACUACUUACUUUAAUAGCAGUCGAUUUAUCAGAAAUCAUAAUUUUGAACGUUGUACAUUAUUUGAUCUACCAACUUUAAUAAUAGUAAGGUAUCAAAACUACAAUUUUUGAACGAGGACCUUAUUAAAACUACAACUUUUGGAAUAUGUACCUUUUGAUCACGGAACAUUUGAACUAUUCGCUUUAAUUACGCCAAAUGUACCAGAUAUUUAGAUUUUAACGAAGGUACAUACAAAGUGUUACAUAUGAACUACUGAUUUUACUACCUUUACAUUUAUCAGAACGUAUAUUUUUGAGCGUUGUAAAUUUGAACUACUCAUUUUAAUAAUAAUUGGUAAUUUAUUAGAAGCACAAUUUUUUAACUUGAAACAUUUGAACUACUAGAUUUAAACGCGGUACAUUUGAACUAUUUACCUUAAUUAUAGCAAAUUUAUUAUAAAUAUAAUAAUGAAACAUUGUUGAAAAUUACAAAAAUAAAAUGCAAGGGCGAGAUUUCGCCUUUAGCUAUUCUUCAGCUUAUUCUUCUAUUAUUCUUUUAUUAAUAGGAAAUAACGAAUACAAAAUAUAUAAAUAAAAUAGAAAUUGGGAAAAAUGUAUUUUAUGGGAGUUACGUUUGAACUAUUCAGUAAAUUAUUUAAGAGAAAUAUUUUUAAACGUUGUACAUUUGAACACAAUACUUUGAACUAUUCAGUCUAAUUUAACCAAAUUUUUCAGACCUCUAGUUUUUAAAUAUGGUACAUAUAAACUACUCAUUUUAAGACCGGUAAUUUUAUCAGAAAUAUUGUUGUACAUUUGAACUACUUUUUUGAUAAUUGAAAAUUUAUCAGAGGUACAAUUUUCUACCCUGAAACAUUAUUUCACUCAAAUACCAGUAAAUUUAUCAGAAAUAACAUUUUUAAACAGUUUUUUUUUCAAGUUGUACGUUUGAACUACCCGAUUUAAUAAUCAUAUGGGGUAAAUUUUUAAGCGGUAGACACACAGUAAAAAAAUUAAAUAGAAGAAUUUCACGUUAAAACUAGUGGCAUUCGGUUUUGGACAUCAUAAUAUUCUCCUACCAGUGUUAAUAUGUACAUACAAAAGGUGUCCAUUUAUAAAUUGAUACAUUUCAGAAACUUAUUAUAACUCGAUUUUCCGAUACUUUCCAGAAAACAAAUAAUCGUGACAACAGUGUUAACAAAAAAAGUUGUUAAAAUGUGUUAAUUUAUAGAUGUACACCUUGUAUUUUAAAAGCACCCUUUGCAUAAGAAAUAUUUGUAUUGUUGAUAAGACCCACUGUGAUUGUAUAUUCUUAUUUAUCUAUAAACUGAUGAAGCAUGUACUGUGAUAUAUGUAAACACUAACUGAAAUAUAUAUAUUUUUAAAUCAUGA